AUGGUCCAAGUGUCUCGGAAAACUCGUCUAACAGAUCUCCUUCAUUAUCGUAUCAAGGUGACGACACUCGACGGUCGUAAUAUUAUUGGUGAGCUCCUUGCCUUUGACAAAUAUAUGAAUCUAGUUCUUGCUGAUGCCGAAGAAUUCAGAAUCACAAAUAAAUCCAAAUAUGCCAUAAGGGAUGCCAAACGCCUGGGGGCCAUCAACACCGCUGACCUUGUCAAAGAAGAUAAGCGCGCUUUGGGUUUGAUAAUUCUUCGUGGGGUCAAUGUCGUGGGUGUUACUAUCGAAAGUAAACCACCAGUAGAUAAAGCCACUCGUAUGGGGGUAGGAAAGACCACUGGUGGUGGGGUGAUGAAGCCUUUGAAUGAAAAGCAGGUGAAGAAGGACAGUAAUGCCAAAUUUUUGGCAAGUGCUCUUAGGGCUCCAAUAAAGACGGUGAGAGGUGGGUUCAACCAAGGGCCACGGAAAUUCCAGCCGCCACCGGGAUUCAAGAAAAAUUGA